CGCCACACAAGUAAAGGAUCCCAGCUUUCUCUAUCUCUCUCCGCGUCUCCCUCAGCAGCACAUGCGCCUCGCCAUUGGCUCCUGCCGCCGCCGACACCCGCAAUGGAGGAGCAUCGGGGCUUGCUUCUCCUCCCCCUGCUCGUCGCCGCCCUUUGCCUGUCCGGCCCCGCGGUGACGCCCUGCGCCGCCGCCAAGAACAACAAGAAGUCUUACCAGGCCGUGUUCAGCUUCGGGGACUCGCUGUCCGACGCCGGCAACCUCAUCGUGGACGGCAUCCCCAAGUCGCUCACCACCGCCCGCAAGCCCUAUGGCAUGACCUUCUUCGGCCGGCCCACCGGCCGCUGCUCCAACGGCCGCGUCGUCGUCGACUUCCUCGCUGAGCAUUUCGGGCUGCCCCUGCCGCCAGCGUCGCAGGCGCAUGGCACAGACUUCAAGAAGGGGGCCAACUUCGCCAUCACCGGCGCUACGGCGCUGGAAUACGACUUCUUCAAGGCCCAUGGCAUCGACCAGCGCAUUUGGAACACCGGCUCCAUCAACACCCAAAUUGGCUGGCUCCAGAAGAUGAAGCCAUCCCUCUGUAAAUCGGAGAAAGAGUGCCAGGACUACUUCAGCAAGUCCCUAUUUGUGGUGGGGGAGUUUGGGGGCAACGACUAUAAUGCUCCAUUGUUCUCCGGCGUCGCGUUCUCCGAGGUGAAGACCUAUGUGCCGCUGGUCGCCAAAGCCAUCGCCAACGGUGUCGAGAAAUUGGUCGACCUUGGAGCCACUGACCUGUUGGUGCCUGGAAUUCUCCCGAUCGGAUGCUUCCCAUUGUACUUGACGCUCUACAACACCAGCAAGAAAUCAGACUAUAACGCACGGACCGGGUGCCUCCGUAGAUACAACCGUCUCGCCUUCCAUCACAACAGGGAGCUCAAGCAGCAGCUGGAUGAGCUUCAGAAGAAGUACCCAAAGACAAAAAUCAUGUAUGGUGAUUACUUCAAAGCGGCAAUGCAGUUUGUUGUGAGCCCUGGAAAAUUCGGUUUCAGCACAGCUUUACAAGCAUGCUGCGGCGCUGGAGGGCAGGGCAGCUACAACUUUAACUUAAAGAAGAAGUGCGGCGAGGCAGGCGCAAGCGUAUGCUCUAAUCCAUCGUCGUAUGUAAGCUGGGAUGGCAUCCACAUGACCGAAGCUGCUUACCGCAUGGUCGCAAACGGUUGGCUCAAUGGCCCCUAUGCUUCUCCCCCAAUCCUGAAGUGAUAAUUGAGAUGGUUAGAUGUGUAUGUAACGUUGCUGCUGUCACUAGAGGGGUGGAUAUGAGAGGAGUGAGUGCUUCAGGCACCCAGGAAAUUAAGUUAUGAGUAAAAUUACUUAGUCUGUUCCUUGAGAGAAUGUAUAAACUGUGCCGGUAUAGAUAUGUUUCCCAAACUGAAAAGCUGUAGUACAAAUGUACCAUGUAUGACAUGUUCCUCAUUCUUAUUCCUUUGUCAAAAUUUGUGUAAUAACAAAUAAAUUUAUGAAAAUAAAAGGAUCAAAAUUGUGCAUUUGCGCCUCA